AUGGGCAGAAUUUGUCUUGAUCACAUUGGUGGUACCUGUCUGUUUUCUUGUGCAAACUGCGAUACGAUUCUGACCAACUGCUCAGAACUCCUCUCCACUCGAUUCACAGGUGCCACUGGCAGAGCAUUUCUUUUUAACAAGGCAGUUAACCUGCAGUGCAGUGAAGUUCAAGACCAGGUCAUGCUUACUGGCCGCCACAUGGUUCGAGAUGUGAGCUGUAAAAACUGCAAUAGCAAACUGGGAGGGAUCUAUGAGUUUGCCACUGAAGACAGCCAGCGUUAUAAGGAAGGCCGUGUGAUCCUGGAACGUGCUCUAGUUCGAGAGAGUGAGGGUUUUGAGGAGCAUGUACCACCUGAUAAUUCUUGAAGAAAAAGAGAUAACUUCAUCUUUUCCCAGGUCUCCUUCACUGAAAACAAAAAUCUACUUACAUACACUGUCACCUUAGCACAGAGUUGGAUUCAUGAAUUGUGGAACAAGAGGUUAUGAGAAUCUAAGAUGGAACCUUUCUUUCUUUUUUAAAUUUUCUAUUUUACAUCCAACAACUGUAUGUAGAGAGAAUAU